CCGGUGUAUACCGGUCACUGUAAUGGAACCUGUUUAAUAGGAUAAUUUCUAAAAAUAGAUAUUUCUGCUGACGAAACAAAAUUACCUCCCUUGAUAUUAAUGUAGUGUUAGUCCGUGUCAUGAUUUCAGAAAGUGGACAGACAUUCUCUUGUUCUUGGAAUUGGAUGAAUUCUGGAUUUACGUCUGAGAGGGAAUUAUUUGAUUCAAUAUGAAAAUGGCAGUGACAACUACAAAUAUAUGCGAAGAUUAUGAGAAUGCAAAAAUUCUCGAGGCCGCUUGUGUUGCCAUGGAAACUGGAAGUAUGACACCUAUAAUUAAACAGGAAUUACGGUUUAUAAUACAGUCGAGACGUUUGGCAGAAGGCAAAUCUGAACUGUCUGAAUUAGAUGUCAAAUUCGUACCCCCGGUGACAACAGAGCUUACACCCGAGGAGCACAUUAAAAAAGAAAACAGACGAGAACAAAACAGAAUAGCAGCUAGAAAAUUCCGGAAAAAACAGACAGCCUCCCUACAUAAAUUCAAGAAGAGAAUACAGAAUCUGGAAUCAGAAAACACACGGCUAUCAUCAGAGCUGACAACACUGGCUCGAGAAAAGCGCAGCUUGCAAGGGAAGCUGCAGUCACAUCUAGAUAUGUGUGGCUGUGUUAUUUCCACCGAACUGUUAGUCUGAUAUUACUCUACAUAAAAGGUCCGAAAGCCAUGGCAAACUGGACAGAUGGAUCAGAGUAUACAUGAAAGGUAUAAAAGGUCCAUCAUGUCACGAGGAAAUGGAAGACACUAUAUAUAAAAGGUUCAUGAAUUCAUGAGGACAGACGGUCCGUAAACCCAGCAGAAUUGUAGCGGAUGGACAAUAAACGCAUUAUUCUCGUUUCGUGUCGCCCUAAUCAUCAAUGAACAAUGUAGUGUUAUAUAAAGUUUAUCUUUGAGACCAAAAUGUUAGACCGAUACGAUUUCAAAUGUAAAAUUGAGAAAUGUAAUGGUUUCUGGAUCCAAUUGUAGCUAGCUAGCUUUGACAUACAUUUAGAGGGAAAGUGCCGAUGUAAUAUUCAUUUGUUAGCGGCGAACAACCAGUGAACGCUGCUUAUACAGAUCAAUCAAUAAGAUCACAUUAACUGUAUUAGUAUGCUGCAUCAAGGUCUUUAUAUACAGUCCUGUUGCAAAGUGCCCACACUUUUGUUUGUUGAUUUGCGAAAUCAUACUCAGUGAAUGUUAAAAUUUCUGGUCAACGUUAUAACGGUGUCAUCUUCUGCACACAUGAAUUCAAGAUGGUUUCCCUAACGUCUGGCUUUGCACACGAUUGGGAAUGGCUGUUGAUCAUCAUUCGUCAUAUCCUCUAUCCAUUACUCAAUCAUAUUCAAUUCAUUUCAA